UAAUGGCUGAGCUACAUGUCCGGUCUCAGAAAUAAAACUCAAUUAUAACCGAGAAUAAUAUUGUCUGGUAUCUGGGUUUAAUCAUAACUGUUACCCAGAAAGUAUAUUGAGAUGCAAAAUAGCGGCCAAGAAUUUUGCAAAUAAAAAGAGGUACAUCUCGUGUCUCCAGAUCAUUCAUCCAUUGCAAUUUGGCCUGUGAACACAACAAAACUGACUUGAAGAUCGUCAUCAUGGCUUUCAGUAGGAUUUCGUGUGUAAUGUUCUUUCUGGUCCUCGGUUUAGUAUCUGCGGAUGACUGUCCACCGUUCUGGACAGGCUACGGUAACUACUGCUACCGUUUCUUCGGCCCUCCCAAGACCUGGCAAUCGGCCGAGGAGCACUGCCGAGAGUUCUUCACCCGUAACGGCCAGGGGCACCUGGCGUCCAUCCACAGCGCCGGGGAGAACGACUUCUUGAUACAGCUGUGGAGAACAUCUUUGGUGCCUAACGACGAAUAUACGUUAGCAAACCAUGCCUGGAUCGGCCACAACGACCUGGUGAGGGAAGGGAGAUUCACCUGGAGUGACGGGACCGGAUUUGACUACAGCGGCUGGAGUUCUGCAAAACCGGCUGACAACGCCGGAUCCGGUGAGGACUGCGGAGACUUUUUGAAUCGACCCCUUCUGGAUCAGGUUGUAUGGAAUGAUUACACCUGUAACAGCGCUGAACCAUACAUCUGCAAGAUGACCGCUAAUUAAAAAUGAAAGGGGAAGAUAACUUUGAAGUGACAACUUCCAACUCUUCUGACAGUCCCAUUAAUUGUCCCUUUUCAAUAUUCCUCAAACAUAAGGCACCAAAACUUCAAGCUCAACGUUGUCAAACUGGCGCACCUACCAUUUUGGAUGCGCUGCGGCAGAACACUUGAUGGGGAUUUCGAAUUUCUUCAGUGUGAUGUGAUGCAUGCCGUAAACCUGGAACGGAAGUAGAAUACACUUACUGCUACAGUUGAGGCUGGUUGCGUGAGAAACCCUGGCAUAUACGUUGUGUUAUAUAAUAAAGCAGUAAUGAGACUUCAGAUUAAACGCUUCACGGUUAAACGAAUCACUUUUUGGAGGGUAGAAGCAAUUUCGAUGCCCACCUAUGAUAAAUAUUAAUUUUCGUUGACACAAGAGAUGAAUUUGGAACUAUUACACGAAUUUUUAGCUUGCUUAAUCCUCUUGUCCUGAUGGACUUCUUUUGAUCUUGACACUUUGGACAAAAGAUGAAAUACAACUUUACUCUGUGCGACUUUAGAACUGACGUUGGAAAGCCACUUUAUAAUAUUUUUAAAUGCUUUUGUAGUAUAGAAAAGCCGCUUGGAUAGUUAGAGUAAUUAAUUUUAAUAAAUAACAUGCGAAGUGUAUCUUAUGUAGUGAAAAGUAAUUACUACAAGUUAUAUACCAAAUUGCCAGCUGCUAAUUAAGUGUGGAUUUCGCAAAAUCUCAGACAACAUCGGCAUACGUUAAAGAUACUUAAAUCAAGAAUGCCUACCGAAUUGUGGAUCAAGGUAUAUGACGUAUAUGAAGAUUGUGAAUAUAAUGUAACUAGUACCAAACGAUCUGUGUUUGGCAAUUGUACUACAAGAAUUUGAAGUCGAAAUUGUUGAGACAGUCAUGACAGGUGGUAGGUAGCGGGCAAACGGGAUAAAUUGGGUACGAGGCAGUGCUGGGAAGAUACAAGACAUGUAUUUGCUUUGGAGACAAUCGUGGAUAAAAGGUUGUGAUUUUGUGUGGUGUUUAUCUGGAAUUGG